CUUCCUGUCAGCGACACAUGUAGAGCAAGCUGCUAACCGAACCACGAGAGCAGAGCAGAGCCGACACCGGGGGAGGCAUCUACAUCCUCUCUGUUUUGCUUCUUUUUUUCCUCCCACGUUCUCCCCCCCUCCUCUCUAACUAAAACCCUGCACUUUUACUCGCUUUUUUGGGGGGACACUACGGUCUGCGGAGAGCUGUAAUUACUACUAAUCUUGCAAUGGACUCCGGUCGUCUCGGCGAACAGAAUACGAGCAGCGCAGCGGCGUCGGUCGAGCCGGAACCCUCCAGUGGAAAUACUAUCUGAUUCCCCCAUUUGGUCGACGAGGCUCGUGGCCGCGGCGGCGAGUCCGAGCUCGGAGCCCGGAGGCUCUGCGCCUGCGCGGGCGCUUUACCUGCACUUUGGGGACUUUAGUCUCCUACCUGUUCAGCCGUCAGGCCGCCAACUUUCCCCACAGCCCUAAAACACACGCCAGAGACGAUGGUGAACCCUGGAGGCAGCAGCCAGCCGCCAGCAGUGGGGACGGGCUCUCUGUCCUGGAAGCGGUGCGCAGGUUGCGGGGGCAAAAUCGCAGACCGUUUCCUCCUGUACACCAUGGACAGCUACUGGCACAGCCGGUGCCUCAAGUGCUCCUGCUGCCAGGCCCAGCUGGGCGAAAUAGGCACGUCGUGCUACACCAAGAGCGGCAUGAUCCUUUGCAGAAACGACUACAUCAGAUUAUUCGGGAACAGCGGGGCUUGCAGCGCUUGUGGUCAGUCCAUUCCCGCCAGCGAGCUGGUGAUGAGGGCGCAGGGCAACGUGUACCAUCUCAAGUGUUUUACAUGUUCCACCUGCCGGAACCGGCUCGUCCCGGGGGACCGGUUCCACUACAUCAACGGCAGCCUCUUCUGCGAGCAUGACAGACCCACAGCACUCAUCAAUGGCCAUUUAAGUUCUCUGCAGACGAACCCACUACUGCCUGACCAGAAGGUGUGUUAGGUGGGAGCCAUGCGGGAAGCAGGAUGUGUGCCUUCAUUUUAGCCCUCAUUGUCACCCGAGACAGCGUGGAUCAUCAGCACUCCAGCCUUUUUUAGCUGUGCUCCCCCAGCCCAUUUUUCCCUCCAAGGAAAUCCUCCGCCCUUCUUCCCAGUAAACCUGACAUUUUUAUUUCUGCGACGCAUACCUGACGCUCAAGCCUUCAGACCUUUGGCUUUUUUCCCUAAACAUGGGUGGAUAUUUGCACUUACCACACCUGAGACAGGACACUUGGGACUCAGUUAUAUUUGGAGCAACAUAAAAAUAAAAAGAAGACUUACAAGAACCUGAAGGGACUUUUCAGCAAGAUAAAAAUGAAUCAACUGGCUGAGAGGAUAUUGGGACUGAAGCAAGGAGAAAAAAAAAAAGACUUAUAAGGUUUAAGAUUUGCAGACUUUUCAAUUCUGCACAUUUGUUUAAAGACAUUUUUGGGGGGAAAGCAGGACCUUUAAUUUUUCCUCUCUUCCUUUCUAUCCUCGUUUCCCAGGAACAUGGUGUUUCCACUUUCUAUAUUUUAAGUGUUGUUAAAGGGGAAUGUGUUUUUUUUUUUUUUUUUUCCCCUUCCUUUAGGUGAUGGGGUUUUAAAAUAUCUGUGACAUUUAGUGGAAAACAAAUCAUGAACACUGUUGCUGUAUUUGUAAAACUACCAUGUAUGUACAGUAUGCAUGUAAAUGUCGUCGUUCAGGCGUGGUUACAGUACAUGUGACCCCUCUGCACCCAGCUCCUCCCUUCCACCCGUGGCAACUUAAAGAAAUUUGCUCAUAGUCAGUAAACUAGAGAUCAUUCCCAACAUAUAAAUGCUGAAUGAGAGAGAAGUUUAUUUGUGAUAUUUUCCGAGACAUUUGCUCCAGUAUGGUGUAUUUAAAUAAUAAAAAUAUUGAAGAUUUAAAGAUCAUUGAUGUAUUGUAAGUG